AUGUCGUCUCCGCAAGACCAGAUCGAGUCCCGCCUCGGUAACAUCGAGACGCUGCUCAAGGCGCUCGCCUCGCCCGCCGCGCCGUCGUCGGCCCUCGUCGUCGACCAUGCCCGCUCCGGCAGCGUCAGCCUCAGCGGCAACACCUUUGUCAACACGCCCGGCACCGGCAGCAGCAGCGCCCCCACCGGCGCGUCCACCAGCGCCGCCGACUAUGAGAGCAGCGAGGAGGAGUCUGCGUUUGGCGGCGACAGCGGCCUGACGGCGCACACGGCCUUUGCCUCCGAGUUCCUCGAGCGCGCCGUCAAGCGCACGUCGCUGCGCGAGGUCAACCCCAAGAUGGAGGCGGCCCUGGCCAACCUGAGCCAGCUCGUCGAGAUGCAGAAGCGCCGCUCCAUCAGCCACGGCCCGCGCUUUCCCCUGCAGAAGCCCGUGCCCCCCGGCGGCAUCUCCAAGCUGCCGAUGCCGCCCAUGGCCGCCGUCGUGAACCUCCUCAAGCACGCCAAAGCCGCGCCGCCGACCCUCUUCACCAUCAUGUGCUCGCUCGUGGGCCUGUCCGACUUUUCGAGCCUCUGCCGCAUGGUGUACUUUGCGACCGAGGACUUUUCCGAUGCGACGUUUGUCAUUGUCAACGCCAUGCUGUACAACCUCUUUAUGGAGCAGCACUCGCUCGCGACGGAACCCGUGGCGCGCGACGAGUACCACUCGUACAUGCAAAUGUGCCGCGCCAACCUCGAGACGAGCCUCGCCAACACGCCGCUGUUUCUGUCGUCCAAGGUGGAGAAUGUGCAGGCUCUGCUGCUGGGGGCCCUCUACGCCGUCGACGUGUCGCGGCCGUCUGUCGCCUGGCACCUGAGCUGCAUGGCCGCCCAGCUCUGCCAGACGGCCGGCUACCACCGCUCCGAGACGCUCAAGCAGGACCCGCCGGCGACGGCCAAGCUCAAGCGCAUCCUCUUCUGGCACGUCUACACGCUCGACAAGGGCCUCGGCCUGCGGCUUGGCCGCGCGCCCGUCAUCCACGAGUGCGACAUUGACAUUCCGCGCGUCUUUGAGUUUGACGGCUUCGGCCACUUUGAGUCGUCGACGAUCCCGACGCUGUGGGUCAAGAUUAGCCACCUGCAGAGCCGCAUCUACGAGCAACUGUACAGCCCCGCCGCGCUGGCGAGCACGCAGGCCGAGCUGGUCGAGCGCGCCCGGGCGCUGGCCAAGGACUGCCGCAAGCUCGAAGUCGAAUCCGAAGAGUGCCGCGAACAAGUGUACAACUACCUCCGCGCCGUCAACUCGUCCGACGUCGUCGACCUCUUUUUGCGCGGCGAUGAGGUCCAGUUCCAGGUCACGCUGACCCUCGUGUACCGCGUCAUCCCCGCGCCCGAAGGGUCCGUGAGCCGCUUUUGCGACGAGUGCCUCGAUGUCGCGCGCAAGGCCAUGAAGGUGCACCAGCAGUGCACGCAGUCGACCAACCUGGGCAGCUAUUUCCGGUCCAUUUACGUCCACUGGAACCUGCUCUUGACACCCUUUGCGCCCUUCUUUGUCCUCUUUUGCUACAUCAUCGAGACGUCGUCGCUCGACGACCUCAAGCUGCUCCAAGAGUUUGUCACGUCGCUCGACGAAGCCCGCGACUCGUCCGAGACCAUCGAGAAGCUGUACCGCCUGUGCCAGGUCAUGUGCGACGUGGCGGCGCUAUACGUCGAGGCCAAGUCGCAGCAGCAGGAGGACCAGACCAUGGUGCCUAUCGGCGACGAGUUUGAAAUGUACCUCAGCCAGCUGGGCUUCAUGCCGUCCGAGGACCAGGCCAUGGCCCAGGCGCAGGAUAACGGCGGCGGCCCGCCGGCCGUCAACGGCCAGGUGGCCCAGAUUGCCGACUGGUUCUCGGGCAACCGCAACAUGAUGGGGCUGCUCGAGGAGGAUCUGUCGCAGAUUGAGUCGUACCGGUGGGGAUUGCAGCACCCCAAUAACAUGUAG